CCGUGCUCUGCCCCGCCGUUUUGAUAAGAUAAGAGCUCCUUCGCCACUCCGUUGAUUCGCCGCUUUAUUGAUUUGCGGCACCGUGAUUCAGGAACACCACUCACUCUCAAAUCUAAAACUGCAACACUUCGAACAGCUGCAUAUCCACAUUCCACUCCUUCAACGUCAUUGAAAAAGGCCCGGGCGGCAUCGCUCUCUAUACAAGCAGUUGAAGGCCGCCCAGGAUGGGCCAGGAAAACUCAGUCCUCAGCGAUGACACACCGCCAAACACCCUUUCCGAGCGCAGCCUUGUCGGCCUCGCUGAAUACAUCAAAUCCGGCCAGGCCAAGCGCAUUGUUGUCAUGACAGGCGCCGGCAUAUCCACUGCUGCAGGGAUCCCCGAUUUCCGCUCCCCAAACACCGGCCUAUAUGCCAACCUUGCCCGCCUCAACCUGCCGUUUGCCGAAGCUGUCUUCGACAUCAACUACUUCCGCCAGAGCCCGGAGCCCUUCUACGUGCUAGCCAAGGAGCUCUACCCGGGAAGAUUUCACCCCACCAUCUCCCACGCCUUCAUCGCCCUCCUUGCUUCCAAGGGGCUGCUCCUCCACCUCUUCACCCAGAAUAUUGACUGUCUGGAGCGGGCAGCAGGUGUGCCGCCACAUUUGAUUGUCGAAGCCCAUGGAAGCUUUGCGACCCAGAGGUGCAUUGACUGCGGGACACCGUUUCCGGAUGCCCUGAUGAAGGAGCACGUGGUGAAGGGAGAAGUCCCGAGGUGCGUCAAGAAGAACGACGAUGGCGGAAGUUGCGGCAGUCUGGUCAAGCCAGACAUCGUCUUCUUCGGCGAGCAGUUGCCAGAGGUCUUCCGGGCAAGGCAGCACUAUCCCGGCUUGGCGGACCUGGUGCUGAUCUUGGGAACGAGCCUGCAAGUGUAUCCGUUCGCCGGGCUGCCGGAGACGGUGCAGGAGAAAACUCCAAGGGCAUUAUUCAACCUGGAGAGGGUGGGUAGCCUGGGGACUCUGCCCGAUGAUGUGCUCUGCUUAGGGUCUUGUGACGCUGGAGUGCGGGCGCUGGCGGACGAACUAGGCUGGCGGGAAGAGCUCGAGAAGAAAUGGAGAAGCCUUGUCGGCGAUGAAGAGGCGGAAAUGCAGUUGAGGAAUGCGCAGAAGAGGGAGCAGAUCAUGGAGGAUGAGGUGGUCAGGCUUGCUGAGGAGAUUGAAGAUGUGUUGCACAUUGAGGAAGACGCCAACGACGCCAAUGAAUCCAACGAAUCCAACGACAGCCACGAAGCUCAGAAGCUUGUUCGGGCUAUACCUGAGCUACAGACCCAGGAUCGCGAUACGGGACAGAUUCCUGAGGUCAAAGGCCAAGAGGUGUCCAGCAACAGUGAAGCGAACACCGCAGCUCAGGAAGCUAGUUCCGGUUCAAGGGUCGAAGCAACUUCACCGUCCCGGUCGCAGACGAGUCGACUUAGUAAGGCAGACGGCGAAGACAAGAAUCAGGAUCAACAACAUAGUGAUUCUAAUACGGAGUCGGAGCAUGGAAGAAAGGAAGGGCAAACUCCUACUUCCAGUGAGAACCAGGGGGAAACAACCAGCGCGCCCUCUGGAAAAGUACUGCUAUGACUGUGAGGGUUCUGUACGCUAGAUUUAUGAGCGGUAGUCACUAGGUUGGCAUGGGGUAUUUUAGAAACCUAAGACUGCUGCUUAGCGGUAUAUUACAACUGCCAAUGUCACGGUGCCCUUUUCACCGACAGCAGAACAAAGAAGACGCUUGGGCAUUUGACCGUGGC